GUUUGCAGACAACAAACAUGGUAUUGACACGAAUCGACAGAACUUCCGGUUCAAAAAGUGAUUGCAAGAUAGUAAUGUUUGCUAGAAAACGAAACUUGGUUAGAUCUUACGCCAGCAUCACGUGUGUGUUAGCUCUCAUUAGCCUCUCAUUAAUUAUGCCGGUCGUCUGGUAUUACAACCAAUCAAACGAGGUUUUGGCGUUUGAAAAACUAAAAGAGCACCAGAAACCGGCGGACGUCCGGGAGACUCGUGUACCGUCGGCUACGCUGGACGCAUUGACGUGGUCCAUGCUGCUUGACAGAUACAACGCCGGGCUGUCUCCAGCUAGCCGGACCGUGACCCUUGGGGCUAUCCCGUCAUGCAGCAGUGGAACAAAUUCUAAAGAGAUGUUCAGGGCCUGUAAAUCUAACUGCACUAUGGAGAAAAACUACACCAUCCGUCUAUGGGAAAUCGUGACCUCCAGCAAGUUCGCACUGACGAGACCACAACUCGACGCCAUCUUGUCCCUCACGUCGUCACUUCCGGUCAUGGAAAACGUCAUCGUCACCGCGGGGGGCACCACCCGGUACAGCGAGCUGAUCUACAUGUUGGCCAACCUGGGCAGGGUUUUCAAACACACGCCAUUCCACUUCCGGGUUGUCGUGUUUGAUUUGGGAUUAACGGGCCAGGAGCGAGUGGAUUUAGAGACAACCUUCCAGUGUCAGAUUGUUGAUCUCCCUCUACAUAUGUUCCCUCUGCAUGUACGGGACUUGGGCUGCAAGGGUUGGAGCCUAUAAUCAUUAGGGCCAUGAUUAAAAAAGUAAGCAAAGUACUUAUCUGGCAAGAUCCGUCCUUCCGCUGGACGGAGGACACUGAUGACGCCGUUAAUCGGACGCUGCAGGUCGGCGUACAGCUGCUGAGGCUAGCGACAGCCGUUCGACUACCAGUAGCCACAGACGAAAAGACUUUCUCUUAUUUCGGAGAAGUGCCAUGCGCCUACACGGAGUUUCCUGGUUUCUAUGGUAACGUCGCCAUGUUUCGCAACGACCCCUUGACCGUGCGGGCAGUGCUGGAACCCUGGGCCAAGUGCGCGUGGCAGGCGGACUGCAUGUGCCCUCGGCCAGUCAGUGUCUACAACUCCUGCAGAUAUAAGGAUGCCAGCGCCCUCAAAUGCCACUCAUUUGAACAGUCGGCCCUAGGGAUCAUCAUGGCGAAGUUGUUUGACCAUCAUGUGGGCAAGUUUGUCAUGCCCUUCCCCUACAACCUCAAGGUACAGACGGAUCAGUGUUGUGAGAAUGUUGUUACUUUUUAAAACCG